GUGUAGGCUUGUCUCAAGAAAUGUUUCCUCUCUGUGGGGAGCAGUGGGUGACGUGAAAUGAUAAAACGAAGCGAGACAGUUCUUCCCAAAGCCUAGAUCCCGAAGGGCCUCUACCUGAGUUUUGCAUUUUGUAAGAUUAGAAGCUCAAUGGGAGACUUUACCGGUCAUGUAUGUCCCGGCUUGUUCCUGGUCUUAUAUGGACUGUAUCAAGCCAUAGUCGUCUCCAGGGCUGUGAUAUUCAAUGAUUCUCUUUUGCAUCCUUCCCACAAUCCUAAGAAUAAGGGAAGAUGGGCCAGGUUGUGGCAACUAGCCCAUACAGGCUGGUUGAAGACAGUGACUGGCUCCCUCUUGAUAGUUUAUGAGCUCAACUGUAUUGAAGGAGGGCUGAAACUUAUGAGCAAAGGGAUGCCACCAAGGUUUAUGUACCCCAAGGAGUGGCAGCACCUCACCAUGUUCACCCUCCUCACCCUUGACGGUUGUGUAGAAACUGUGAGCAAGAGCGUGCUGCGGCAGAGGUGGGUGGCCCUAGAAAGAGGUUCCACGGUCCUGGUCAUCUACGUGCUGCUGUUGCUGCUGGUGUCUCACGUUAAGGACUCAUUCGGGGUGGAGCUACAGGUUCACUCUCUCCUCGUCUUGGUGGUGUUCCUGCUGAUGCUGGUGUUGACGGCAGAGCUGUGGGCUCCUGAGAUGUUUCACCUCUGGAUGAUAGAGACCUUCCUGUUCCUGGUGAUGGGCUCGUGGCUGAUUCAGGCAGGCUUCAUUCUGUUUAGACCGGUCUCCGGCUUCCCAUGGGAGGAUGAUGACAUCAGUGACAUCAUGUUCGUCACCACCUUCUUCUGUUGGCAUGUGAUGAUCAAUGCCCUAUGCCUGUUGGGAAUCUAUGGCAUCUCUUCCUUUUGGCAUCAUUGUUACAGCCCCAGCUUGAGGCUGAUGGGGUCCAAGGAAGUGCUGUACCACGAGAGCUCUUCGGGAACAUUUUACAGGCUCCUGCAGGAUGCAGAGCAGCAGGACACACAUGACCAAGCUCUUGUCCCUUCAAAGAGCUCUCCCACUGACAGGGCCUAGAAUACCUGAGCAUAUAGGUCACUCCAUCUUCCUUCUUUGGGCUCUCUUGGGCACUUUUUUCCUUGGUGAAGGUAAUGACCCUAUGGCA